AUGCUCAAUGUUGGGAAAACCGCGAACGAUCGACAGAACGUAUUCUCACAGCGAAAAUGUACGCAGGACAUUCCCAUAAAUCUGGCCCCACCCAACCCAACUACUCAUUUUGGAAUGCAGACAAGGUGUGUGGAUGGAAGGGGUCCUUACAUUACGCCGAUUACCCGCCAGAUAAUCCUGCCUCGGCCCAAACGCCCUGAGGGGCUUUUUUGUUUUUUUAUUAUGAGAUUGCACUCUCUUCUUCCGCCAUGAAUGUACAAUUACAUUUACAAUUCGGGUGGAACAUCCAGACCAUCCUUGACGUCCCACUGCCUGAUCUGUGACGUUUGACGAGCAUGACCUGAGGGGAUUAGGGCGGCAUUACUUUCGAGAAACUAUUUUACACUCGGGGAAUUUAUUUUUGCUCGGACUAACUUUAAUUAGCGGCGGUCUUUAGAAGUUGGCCUAUUUGUUUUCCUCACCUCCGAAUAUGCGAGGAUGAAGCGAGGAAUGGAAAUGGGGAGCCCAGGCUAAAUGACGAUUAUUUUGUUGGUAUCUACUAUUGUGAGAUGGGGUAUUCCUGUCUCGAUUCUUAUCUCUUAAAGCAUUGUUUCGUAUUUUAGCUGGCUUCUCAAACUAUAACGUGUCCCCCAAGUACUUUCGCCUAGUGCGGGUCGUGUCGUCGUGUUUUAACGUACCAUUUGCAGUCAAGUUGUGUAAUUUCAGAAUAGGAUUCCGUAAAGGGAAUCAGGAUGACCUGAGGGCCUGUAUUGUCGCUGUGGAGUUGACGGUCGGGUCCGUCCUCUGGAGGCUCGCCUAUGACACACCGACCUCCCCCAGCACUGCCCCAGCUAACGGACCUCAUCGUAUAUGA